UCCCAGCCUUUUACUCUGUGGUGUUAGCCUCGCAGGCUAGUUCUUGUGCACCUAUAGGAAGUAUUCGGCCAGAGCUUUUGUUUGCUGGUUUAUUUUGCUAUAUAUUAUUGUUGUGUGAUUUAUCUGUGACAUGCUCCUCCGUAUUUCCUCUAACUGCCUGGUAUUAGCAUGUGUCGAUAUUUGCCUGGCGACUUCCAAAAGUGCCUCCAAAUUAACUAAAUUGCUGCUCUAUCGUAAAUUGAUCCAUAAUUUAUUUUGGUUGGAUUAUUUAUACACCGUGAUCACAGCAAGGUUUUCCUCCCCUUCCUUGGGACGUUGGCUUCUCCUGUGCUUUUAAAAUUUUUUGUGUCCGCCAGCCCCAGUACGACUUGUUGUGAAACCGCCUCCAGAUCCGUGCCGGAUGUUUCCUCGGGAUCUGCCCAAGCGGCUACCCUUUGCUGCCCCUCUUACGAAAACAGGCUGCUGGCCAGCACCCGGACGGAACUCAAUGCAGCUCUGGGGAUGUACAGCUCUCCCUAUUCAGCAGCCGCAGCGAGCCAGGGUUAUGCCAACUACCUUCCUUACAGCACAGACCCGUCAGCUCUUUACACCUCACUGAACCCUCAGUAUGAAAUUAAGGACGGGACCAGCAGUUUGCACUCGGGAUUCGCACAGCCUGCUGCUUUCUACCCCUACGAUCCUUCCUUAGGCCAGUACCAGUACGACAGGUAUGGGACAGUGGAUUUCAGUGGCUCAGCCAGGCGCAAAAAUGCAACUCGAGAGACAACCAGCACCCUUAAGACCUGGCUGUACGAACACAGAAAAAACCCUUAUCCCACCAAAGGGGAGAAAAUCAUGCUGGCCAUCAUCACCAAAAUGACUCUGACUCAAGUGUCCACUUGGUUUGCUAACGCCAGACGGAGGCUCAAGAAGGAAAACAAAAUGACCUGGUCUCCCAAGAACAAAGCAGGAGAAGAGAGAAAAGAUGAAAACAAGGGGGAGGAAGAGGAAUAUGGCACCGAAAAUGAAGGCAAAGCAGGUCAGAAAAGCUUCAAGGAAGAAAAGGAAUUGAGACUGAGCGACCUGGACGAUUUAGACGAGGACGAGGAAGACAAGCGUGCGCACCCGGCGGCUUCCAGUGCCAGCUCUGCUUUGCCCGAGCCUGAGAAAAGGGACUGCAGCCUGACCCCACCCAGCAAUUUCCACCCUCUCCCCUGUCACAAAACCAUGCCGGGGGCAGGGGCAGACUUUUUAGAGACCGUGGGGCAAAAGGCGGCGGGCGUGGUGGGCACCGUGAGUCCGGGGCAGCAAUACGAAACCACAGACAAGCCCAGAAUCUGGUCGUUAGCUCACACCGCAGGGGCCAAUGUGGUAGUUGGCCGCACACACUCCGAAGCAAGGACAGCGAGCCCUGGCUGUGUGCUCGGCCGGGGAAGACGCGCUGUGUCUGGACACUGCCCCGAGGCGAGACCCCUGGCCAGCCCCAGAGCCCCGCCCGUGGCGGACGGUGCGUUCGAAGAGCUGCCCCAGGCCACCAAGAUUUUUAGAAACUCCUCUUUCAACCUGCAGUCUCUCCAGCUAAGCUGCGCUUCCUACCCCGUCCUGGGGGAGACGUGCCAGUAUUCUUCAGGAGCCGAAGGGUGUGGGAGAAAUGUGAAACCCAGCCAAGGAGCCAUAGAUCUCAGUGAAGGUUGUGUAGUGCAGCAUAAAGAUAAACUGAGAACAGCUUUUAGGCCAGUGCUGAAGAGGUGAGGGAAAUUUCUCCCAGGACCAACAACUAUUCUACAGGUUAGCCCAGCGCCUUUGUGAGAAUCCCGAAGAUGGGUCUGAGCAUCAAGGCUCUUGGCUUGAAAAAUCCUCCGCCAACAGGGAGGAGCCCUGCUCCUUGAAAGCAUUAAAUGUGACUCUAGCGUCCCGUCUUCUUUUAUGGAGGAGCGGUCAUAACAUAUGCACAACUUGCUUUUCAAAAAUGGAUGAGACUAAAACCCCGCUCGGAAAGAGAGCGGGGGAACUUGAAUAAACUAUAGACUUUGGCUCAUGCACUGGAUCAUUGUAGUUUCGCACAAGUUUACAAGACAAUACUCCAUCCCCGCCCCGCCACUCGCUGUCACUCCGAGUUUGAACAGACCCGCCUCAAGAACCAUCGUGUUCAAUGUACAACUUUGUAAUUUGUAAAAUACCAGUGAUUAGCGUGUUUACCAAAAGGCCAGUAUUAAUUCUAAUCUCACCUUGUCCUAUUAAAACAAACCAAACAAACCACAGCGCUUUCAUUCCUCCCAUCUCCCCCUGCCUUUGGUAAAGUAUGUUUGUAAAUCUCCUUGUCUGUGUCGUUCUGAAGAGACAAAAGAGCGGGGUAUUGUUUUAAGGACAUUCGACGGGCUGCUUAGUUUCUGUCUCGCUGAAGAUCUCGCUUAAAGAUCUCGCUGAAGGUAUUUUUAAGAGUCUCUAAUUAAAACGAAUCAGCUGAAUGCUGCAAAGCCGUCUUGCAAACUUGAGGAACUUAUGUCUGAACUACUCAAAGGUAUGACCAAUAGGACAAGCGAACGCUCCUUCCUUCUCUCCCUCCUUCCUGCCCCCAGCUACGUUGGCGUUCCCCUGUUUUUAAAGCAUCCACCCCUCCUCCCAGACCUGCGUGAUGGGGUGGGGGAGGGGAUAUUGGGUGCCCCGGCCAGUUUAAAGUCUAGCAACUGGUCUGGAGUGGCAAAGUAGGGCAUUGUGAGUGGUCAUCACCAUAAUUCAGUUAAAAGAGCAGUGUUGAACUUUACAAGGCAGACAAGAAAAGGAAACCGCAUCUCUGCAUUAUUUCUGUUUAAUUAAAAGUGUCAUCAAACACUUUCUGUUCAGACUAAUAAACCAAGCAGGGAUGAGGAAAGAAUGUUUCUUUGUUCCCUGUUUCUAGAAGCAGUGGCAAUAAUUUAAAUUAAUAACUGUGGUAAUUAAGAGGUCAUCUGUAGAUCAACCCGAUACCAGCUAUUUCCAAGU